CAACAACAAAAUGCCUGCGUUUUAUCCAGUUUGUACACAACGAUGGAAGACCUCAAAACACAGAAAGGAUUAUCGGGACCAAAAGAAAGAGCUCGGACGGAGUGGCAGCGGUCGUACGAAAACAAGUCCACAUUUUGACUUGCUAAACUCGGUCCUCGGAGACAGACCGACGAGUGGUGUGGGAUGCACCGUGAAUUCGCUUUGUCUCUCGUCAAUUGGGUUGGAGGACGAGUCAUUUAAUGCUGGCAUAUCUCGUUUGGAGUGCAGUGAGUCGGAACCACCACCACCUUCGGCGUGUAGCUCGCCCGUGCACAUGCUUGGGUCUCUUGCCACAACAAGCAGCUCUUCCCAGGAAUCUCUGGUGACCCUAACCCAGCCAGUGGGCCGUAACAAACAGGUUAAAAGGAAGCGGGAUUCGUCAUCUGGCCUUGUCCCGUUAAUGGAGAGGAGUGAAGCCAGGGACGAAGAGCUACUGGAGCAUAGCCGGGCGAUGCUUCAGGAGGUGCAGAACGGCAAUGCUGAGUUCCUACGGAUCUUCAACGUCACAGAGCAGAGCAGAAUCGAGCAGAGCCGGAUCGACGGACUCGCCAGAAUCGCAAAGGCCGAGCAUGACGGCCACAUGCUUGGCUUGUUAGACAGGAUGGUGAAGGUGAUGGAGGCCAACAGCAAACAAUGACAUUAUUUUUGUAUCUCCAUUGUUCAUGCCCCUUUUGUGUACAUAAUUUUUAAAUACACUUAGUUAUAUAAUAUAUACAGUAUGUUCUCCACACUUUUUUGUGAAUACUUGUAUACAUUCUUUUUUAAAUACACUUAGUUAUAGUAUA